AUGGCCAAACAACCAUCAUACGACACAGCCGCUACGGUCAUCUUCCCUGCUUACCCUCCCCUAGGACCAGGACCAAGCACCACCACCACCAACGCCCCUCCACCGCCCCCGCAUUGUCCACCCUCAUACGAAGAGGCCGUUGGUCGUCAGCUCUCCGUGUCAACGCCACCAACAAUUACUUCUCAGCAGCAGCAGCAGCAGCAAUACCCAUCGAGCGAUGACUUCAUCAGCGUCGUCCACAAUGACCCCUCGAGAAGCCUCGAGAUGGACCAAGAUAUGGACGAAGACGAUCAGGACUAUGAAGAGUCGCGGCCCUUGAAGAUGGGGCGUAUCCCUGACACCCAGGCGCAGUACACGUUCAUCCAACCUAACGAUACCAUCCAAGCUGGCAAAAAGAAGAAGAGCUGCAACAGUACCUGCACAACACCGAACAACAAUGGGUCUCCACUCCCAUCUCACCUAGGGUAUCCUAUCCCUCAGCAGCACCCUGGAUCUACGUACCCCUACCCUCUUCGCCACCCCCAGUACGCUGCUCCCCCUCAUGACCUGAUGCAGCGUCCUUAUACUGCCCCUGUGACUGGAAACAACUCUAUGCAACACCUCUACCCGGUCCCUGGUCCCGCUCUGAACGCUCCCUCGGCACCUCCUUCGGCACCCGACACUGCCCCCCCAACCUCUUAUGCGCCGCCAUCCAUGCCACCGCCGCCUCUUGAGCAAUACAACGACACAAAGUCCAUCCCCCCUCCAGUCAACGCACCCGUAGAUUUCGCCUCAGGAUCAAGGUCAGGAUCCCCUGGCUCUAGUUCAGAAGCAGUGCCGGCCAUUACAUAUGCACCGCCGCCAUUCCCACCGCCACAGGAUUUACCCGCACAAGAAACACCCCUUGCAGGGGUACCCUCCAUGCCGGGUCUGAUGAACCCGCAGGAUAUCUCCAUUGCAGAAUUCGAACGGACAACGAAGGGUGUCGAGUCCUGCGACCCUGUACUUGGAGACCCUUACCAGCUUUAUCGGUUCUUGGUUGCCCACAACGACCGUCCUACCCUCCACAUUGCCAUCAAAGGUCACCAUAUCGAAAAGCGCGAGACAUACGAGACAGACUCGGACGGGAAGCGGAAACUGGUCGUCACAGACCACUAUGUCGAAGACUUCAAAAUGGAUUUUGACCUCACCCCUCACAUCAUCCCCCGCGGCGUCCUCUUCACCGCCCCCGAUCCCAAAACAGGCGCCAUCCCAACGAUCAAACAAGUCCUGGAGCAAUUCGCAGACGAAGAGAACCCCUUCAAGGAAAUCCAUGUGCACAAGGUGAUCCAAUGGGACUAUGAAGAGCUCACCAAGGCGAUCACGCAUGCCAUCCGGUCUCGCGCGAUUUAUAAGAAGGUGAAGGACAAGACCUUGAAAUCCGAGUUCCAGAUGGCCAUGACCACCCGCGACUUUUACAUGCAGUACUACUGGAGCAUCGUCGACCAAGUCCAGUACCAGUAG